AUGGCGGACGGGGGCGUUGGGGGCGGUGGCGGUGCUGGGGCCGGUGGCGACGCUGGCGGCGCUGGGGGCGCUGGCGGCGCUGGCGGCGCUGGGAGAGGGGGCGGUGGCGGUUGGCAAGUGAGUGUGGGCGGCGUUGGGGCGGGCGGCCUCUCCCGGGGCGUGGCGGGGCUGGGCGGGCCGGAGGGUGUGUGCGAGGCCGGCCCCGCUCAGGCUUCGCCUCUCCCGCAGCCGCCGCGCUCCUGCGAGGCCUACCGCGCCGAGUGGAAGCUGUGCCGCAGCGCCCGGCACUUCCUGCACCACUACUACGUCCACGGCGAGCGGCCGACCUGCGAGCAGUGGCGGCGCGACCUGGCCCGCUGCCGGGAGUGGGAGAAGCACGGCAGCCUGGAGGCCCAGGUGCGCGGGGCCCGGCCAUCCCUCACCCUCGACCAAUCCCUCUGUGAGAGCGAGCGGGCUCGGAUGCAGGCUGCGUGGAGACAGGUGUUGGUGUGGACUCCGAGGCAGAACCCUCCUGCAGACUGGCACCUCCCCCUGCCACAGGAGAAGGACAAGUGACAAGCACACCUCUACCCUUGGCCUGUGUAGCAGUGUCUGAUUUCGUUCAAGUGACACUGUCACACAGCUCUAAGGACUGUAACCAGACCAGGGGUCCUGCUGGCUCCCUCCUGGCCCAGAACAAAGAGCAGAACCCCAGCAGCCUGACAUACCCCCUCUUCUAUACCUCAGGGCUUCCACCACCAUAAUGCUUUGAAGAUCAAGUGCACCCACCCCAUGGCUGCUAAGACUUCAAGCACUUUGGCAGGAUCCUGCCCAACCCCCUCAGGGAUAACACCCCAGAAAUGGCAAUCUUUAAGGCUAGCAGUCUCAGGCAAACUUGACCGGGAGCCCAGACCCAUAUGGGCCCUGAAGCCACCAUACACCAGCCUUGGUGACUCCUGUGUGUGGCCACAAAACAUGGCACUCCCUUCUGCUCAGCUCUGGUUGCUGGUGCACUGGCCCCCUCUACCCAGCACACUUAACCCCAGGCACCAGGGCAGACUGUGGACACUAGGUGAGGUCGGGUGCAGGGACUUGGAGGAGAGGCGGGUACUCCCUAAACCCCAUCUCAGUUAUCUGCACAUACUAGGUGGGCUGACUGUGCCAAACCAGGAGUUGCCGAGACAGCUCAGACUAGGGAGUGGGAGGGUCAGGCCACACCCCCAGAACGGGACAUGAUGGUCACAUGAAUGCCCUCAUUCAAGACACCUCUUUACCAGUCCAGACACAUGGGUCUCCCUGUGCCCCUCCCUAUGUUCAUGACUGUGAACCAGAAAAAAAAAAAAAACAACUUGAAAAUCCCAAGCCAUUUCUCAUAAAGCUAGUGUCCAGUUGGACACUCCAUAACUUACCUGUGGGCAGUGCUUUCCUAUUGUUUUGCUUUAAAUAAAAGUUAUGUUUCUGUUA